AAGGAUUUCAUUUUAAAAAAAUUCAUAAGAUCUCCGUGCGUAUCGCCGGAAUGUGAGUGUGUAAAAGCGUCAAGGUCAGAUACAGAAAAGAAAAAAACCGGUAAAUUUGAAACUAAUGUCCGUUGUUCUUCGACGCCGCAGUAGAACCCUCGGCCGCCACCUUUACUCCUCAAAGUCUUCUUCCUCAUCCACCAGAGUGCCCUUUUUGUACAGACCUGAAUCCGAUGACAACGACGCUGUAACCCUCCAGCUCCUCUCAUGGGGCAGAGGCGCCUCGGGCCAGCUCGGCGGCGGCAUCGAAGAGAAUCGGCUCUACCCAACCCCGGUGGCCAACCUCGUCGUCCCCCAAUCCUCCUUCGCUCUCUCCCCAACCCAAGGGCGCCUCCUGGGCCAUACUCCUAGACCAUUUCUUGAUGACAAAGAAGGGCCCGUUGUGGAGGUGGGUGUUUCUUGUGGCCUCUUCCACUCGUCGUUGCUCGUCGAUGGCAAGCUCUGGAUUUGGGGUAAAGGUGAUGGCGGCCGCCUCGGUUUCGGCCACGAGAAUCCGGCGUUUUUGCCCACUUUGAACCCUCAUUUGGAUUCCGUCCGCUCCGUUGCCCUCGGAGGGAUGCAUACGGUUGCGCUCUCCUCCGUCGGAGAGGUCUUUACUUGGGGUUAUGGUGGUUUUGGUGCACUUGGACAUUCUGUUUAUCAUAGAGAAUUGCUCCCUAGAUUGGUGGAAGGCUCUUGGAGUGGGAAAAUACGUCAUAUUGCAACUAGUGGGACACAUACUGCAGCUAUCAUGGAAUCAGGGGAAAUUUAUACUUGGGGUAGAGAUGAAGGUGAUGGCAGAUUGGGUCUUGGUCCUGAACGGGGCCCAAACGAAGGAGGCGGACUCAGUAUUCCUUCCAAAGUAAAAGAAUUACCUAUGCCUGUGAUUGCUGUUUCCUGUGGGGGUUUUUUCACAAUGGUGCUGACAGAGCAGAGACAACUUUGGAAUUGGGGAGCAAACUCCAACUAUGAGCUUGGAAGAGGCGACAGGGUUGGUGGUUGGAAACCAAAACCAAUUCCUAGCCUUGAAGAUAUUCGCGUGAUUCAGAUAGCUAGUGGUGGAUAUCACUCUCUUGCACUAACUGAUGACGGUAAAGUGCUUUCUUGGGGCCAUGGUGGCCAUGGUCAGUUGGGUCAUUCUUCUAUCCAAAAUCAAAAAGUGCCUCUGUUGAUUGAGGCUUUAUCCAACGAGCAUGUUGUCUAUAUUGCUUGUGGAGGUUCAUCUUCAGCAGCUAUUACUGAUAAAGGGAAGUUGUAUAUGUGGGGAAAUGCCAAAGAUUCUCAAUUAGGAGUUCCUGGGCUGCCAGAGGUACAGACAUGUCCUAUCGAAGUUAAUUUUCUAAUAGAGGAUGAUGGCUUGGGAUCCCACAAUGUGAUAUCUGUUGCAGUAGGUGCAUCACAUGCCAUGUGUUUGGUUAUGAGGUCAGCUUGUUAAAACCUGGUCUCAUGAACCUUCACAAACAGAGCAGCAUGAGAGGAGAAUUUUGAUAAUGAUGUUUCUUUUCUUGCUAUUCCUGUCGAAGCUUUAGUAACUAUUUAUUUCUGUGCCAACAAGUGCCAUGAUAACCCACA